AUGUCGAAAUCGCCAGUCACUUGCCACGUGCUGGACUCUUCGAUCGGCAAACCUGCAGCUGGGGUUCCGGUGCAACUGCAGCAGCUCAACUCCGCGGACGGGGUCGCGCCGACCUUCACUACUCUUGCCGAAGGCGUGACCGACUAUGACGGUCGCUGUAUGCAGCUUUACCCCGAGGCUGCGCCGGGGCAGAAGCGUGAGGAUCUUAUCAAGCUGCAGGCCGGACAGUUCUACAAGGUGGUUUUCAAGACGAAGGACUACUUCGAGAGCACCGGCCGCAGGUGCUUCUAUCCCUGGGUCGAGAUCACCUUCGAAGUUGGCAACCCAACCGAGCACUACCACAUACCGCUCCUCAUAAGCCCCUUCUCGUACACCACAUACCGGGGGAGUUAG